GCAGGAACGCCCUUCGUCUGAAGAUCGCGUCGUGGGUUUGCAGCUCCUGUCCAUACCCUUCAACCAGCAGAGACGAACUAGCACGAACCCAGGAACACAAGUUGAAUCGCGGCGUGCGGCCACACAGACGCUUCGGGUUGCAUCUGCCUUUCGCUAUUCAUUCUCGGGCUAACAAGACGAGAGCUCCAGUCAGCGCUGCGUUCGACCAUCAAUCAACACCAGGACGGCUCCUAUACCGCACAGCAGUCGGUGAGCGAGGCGAGACGAGCCGCUCGGUGCCAGUGCUGAGACAUUGGCCGGUGAGAGCAAUCCAAUAGCGAGUGAUAGACACCAAUCGUCGAGCACUGCAUGUCAAGACAACAAUCUCCCUUGUGCCCCCAGCAAACAUGACGGACGCGCUGCACAACGCGCCGAUUGUGCUCGACAACGGAUCUGGCACCAUCCGGGCUGGCUUCGCCGGAGAAGAUGUCCCCAAGUGCCACUUCCCCUCCUGGGUGGGGAGGCCAAAGCACCUGCGCGUGCUGGCCGGCGCCCUAGAAGGAGACGUCUUCAUCGGCCAAAAGGCGGCUACCGAGCUAAGGGGUCUGCUCAAGAUCCGCUAUCCGCUAGAGCACGGCAUCGUUACGGACUGGGACGACAUGGAAAAGAUCUGGGCCUAUGUAUACGACGAGGGACUCAAAACUCUGAGUGAAGAUCAUCCAAUACUCCUCACCGAGCCGCCCCUCAAUCCCCGCUCCAACCGCGACACAGCCGCCCAGAUCCUCUUCGAGACCUUCAACGUACCCGCACUCUACACAUCUAUCCAGGCAGUUCUGUCCCUGUACGCCAGCGGGCGGACAACAGGCGUCGUGCUGGACGCGGGCGACGGCGUGUCGCACGCCGUGCCCGUGUACCAAGGCUUUACGGUACCCAACAGCAUCAGGCGGAUUGACGUGGCCGGCCGGGACGUGACGGAGCACCUGCAGACGCUGCUGCGCAAGAGCGGCUACGUCUUCCACACGAGCGCCGAGAAGGAGGUGGUGCGGUUGAUAAAGGAGGCUGUCACCUACGUCGCCAAGGACCCGCGGAAGGAGGAGAGGGAGUGGGCGGCGGCCAAGGUGGACCAGUCCCGGAUUGCCGAGUACGUGCUGCCGGACGGAAAUAAGCUCAAGAUCGGCGCAGAACGAUUCCGUGCACCAGAAAUCCUCUUCGACCCCGAGCUCAUCGGCCUCGAGUACCCCGGCGUGCACCAAAUAGUAGUCGAUGCGAUCAACAGGACCGACCUCGACCUGCGGAAAGACCUAUACUCCAACAUUGUGCUUUCGGGAGGCAGCACCCUUACCAAGGGGUUUGGCGACCGGCUGCUGGCCGAGAUCCAACGGGUGGCCGUCAAGGAUAUGAGGAUAAAGAUUUUUGCGCCGCCUGAGCGCAAGUACUCUACCUGGAUCGGCGGCAGUAUUCUCGCUGGUCUCAGCACGUUUAGAAAGAUGUGGGUCAGCAUCGACGACUGGCAUGAGAACCCCGACAUUAUCCACACCAAGUUUACAUAAAGAGCUGCCUCUUGUCAGCAGCCUAGCCCAUGACUAGUGUUGGCUUACUCGUGACAUAAGAAUCAGAAGCAGGCAAGGGAACUGUGAAGAUACAUAUUGGCCACACGGUCGAAGGAAUAAUUGGUCUUGGACCUGAGGGGGUUGGAUUGAGGGCAUCAAGGAUCACCCGAAUGGGUGAAGUGUAGCAAGAGAAGCUGCUUGCCGCGCGAGCUGUUAGAGAAAACGAAAUGAUACCCAGAUUUGAUUCGCACCGCUCGAACACGGCAAGUCCUUGCAUCGAACGGAGUAACGCCAAUGGCACGUCACCCAUUGUUCGACAGGAAGCAUUAACGGCUUGAAGCGUGACAAAAAUACGACGGUGGCCAGGGACACCAAUCAGCAGAGAACUUUGCAACUUUUGCCGGAAACCAUGGAAUCUUGAAAGCCCGGCAUGGCG